AUGCAGCUUACCCAGCAGAAAUUACAAAUCCAAACUCUUCAGAAGAAGGUAGUAAGCUUGGAGACUACCCUGAGUUGUAUGACCAAAGAGUUUGAGACUGAAGUUUUAAAACUGCAGCAGCAGGCAAUGGUAAAGAACCAAGCGGGUCAGAUUGAAAUUUUCAAGCUGCAGCAUCUUCUUCAGAUGAAGGACAAGGAAAUGAAUCGAGUAAAGAAGCUGGCCAAGAACAUACUAGAUGAAAGAACAGAAGUGGAAAGAUUCUUUUUAGAUGCUCUACACCAAGUAAAGCAACAGAUCCUAUUUAGCAGAAAGCGUUAUAAACAGGUAGCACAAGCUGCUUUCAAUUUUAAAAUGAGAGAGGCAUGUGCAGGAAGAACAGAAUAUCCCAAAAUCCGAACAUUUGAUGGCAGAGAGCACAGCACCAACAGUGUGAAUCAGGAUCUUAUGGAGGCCGAUAAAUGGACAGAUAUUCAAGGAAAUAUGGACAUUGGAGAUUUGACCUGGGAGCAGAAAGAGAAAGUCUUGAGGUUGCUCUUUGCAAAAAUGAAUGGCUUUGUUCCUAGGAAAUACGGCCAGAGUUCUAAACCUCCAGUUCCAGACUAUAUUGGUCCUGAUGAUGAAACAACAAAGGAGUUUGGGGAUGAAAGUAAGCUUCAAGAUCACACCUUCAUCACCCAGCAAGUGCCAAUCUUAGACUCUACUGGUGAACUGGUGAUACCCAAUAUUCAGAAAGGAUCACAAGAGUCUGAUAUAGGAAACUACUGACUUGUUCCUGAAUAUGUUCAAGAAAGUUUCUUAGAGGAAAAAUAUUUUUUUUAAAGUCACCUGUUUGCCAUAGAAAUUGGUGUCUCCCCUGAAGGAAGCUCGAGAGCCAGUGAAUGAGAACAUUGGCAAAGGCACUGGAAUGGGUACAUUCACCCCAACCUAAAGCAGAACAAAUCCAUGUCAAAUACUAAGAAAAACAAAGGAACUUUCCAUUCAGAAGCCCAAAUGCUUGGCAUCAGAGAGACCAAUUUUAACUACCCACCUUCCACCCGAUCCUGCAUCCCAUGAGCUUUUAUUCCUGAGGGAGAUCAGAGGGGCAGUGACUGAUCGCUGUUUACCUUCUCCCCUUACAUAGGAAACAGUAAAUGGCUACAAGAAUAUCCUAAGAAUUCUGUUCACAAACCUGUCCAACAUCUACCAGGUGGGAAUAUUUCCGAGCAGUGGCUCCAUUGGUGGUGAAGAUGGCAGUUCCAUUUCCAUAUG